AUGCUAAGUUGUAUGGUCCGUUAUCAGUAUAAAAGUCUAUAUAGUUGGACCUCAGUAACAAUACUAAAUAGAGACUUUACAACCAAAAUGGCCAAUGCUAAUGUCAGAUGGGCAUUCAAUGCCACAGAGUGGACACCUACCCAGGAGGAGAUAACAGCUGCAUCAAGUUACAUACAGCAAGAGGAGAAGCAAAGAAUUGCUAGAUUUGUGUUCCAAAAUGAUGCAAAAUCAUCACUGGUUGGUCGCUUGAUGCUGAGAAAAUUUGUUUAUGACACAACUAAUAUUCCUUAUGAUCAAAUACACUUCAGCAGGGAUGACAAAGGCAAACCUUAUCUUGUGGAGUCUGGAGAUGUACCGAUUACAUUCAAUGUGUCUCACCAAGGAGACUUUGUGGUUCUGGCUGGCAAUAAUGAUAGAAAUAUUGGUAUUGAUGUCAUGAAAAUAGAACCUCCUGCUAAUAAGAACAUUCCAGAAUUCUUUCGUAUUAUGACGCGUCAGUUUUCGUCACACGAAUGGUCUACGAUACGCAGUUUUCCCACGGAAAUGGAACAGAUCGCGUGUUUCUAUCGCAUUUGGUGCCUCAAAGAAAGUUAUGUGAAGAAUAUAGGGUUUGGUAUAACUGUACCCUUGGACGAAAUAAGUUUCUCUAUAAAAACACGCAAGUUGGAAGUGGGGAAGCUAGUAACUGAUACGGUCUUGCAUGUGAAGAAUGUUGUGAAACAGGGGUGGCUGUUUGAAGAAACAUUACUGGAUGAUAAACAUGCUGUAGCUGUGUCUUUAAAGGUUGAAGAUGGGAACUAUGUACAGACACCUUAUACUUAUCUCACCUUUGAUGAAAUUGUGGAGGGAGCAAAACCCCUGCAUGAACCGGACUUGCAGUUUAGUUCUGACUUUGUUGAGAAGCAAAUGAAAAAUUUUUAG